AUGGGAGAAACGACGCUGCAUGAUCUUCCUCGUGAAAAAAUUACAGAGAUACUUACUCGUUUACCUUCUGAAUAUGCGAUAGAGGGCAAAGAAGUGUGCAAAACGUGGAAAAACAUCUUGCACCAUAUUAAACGCGAGAAAAAAAUAAAUCUUCUUUUUGAGGGUGAAUAUGUUCUUCCAGGACGUACACAACUAUACUAUGGAGAAUAUGAUGAGAAGAGUAGCAAAACAAUCCAAGAGCAACUCUCUUAUGAUGCACUUACACCGCUCGGUUAUCCUGAUUUCCAUUACACUAAUCGUCUCAUAGUUGGCUCACAUAGGGGUUUGGUUUGUUUUGUCAUGAAUAACAAAGACCUCGGCGAACAAUUCGAUUACGAUGAUCCUAUCUUUAUUUGUAAUCCUUUCACCAAAGAAACCGUUCGUCUUCCUCCUCCUCCUCGGAAAUUAGUUAGUUUACCUAAAGAUGAAAAGAAGGUCUGGGAUGAUGAUUUCUCGGUGAUUGGAUUUGGCUAUCUUUAUUCAACUAAUGAGUACAAGAUCGUCAGAAUUUAUUACGAUGAAAACAGCAGAAAAUAUUACAAAAAAAACAGCAGUAAGUUCUGCAAAGGACAAAUCCAGGUAUACACUCUAGGUGGCAAGAGGGGAGGAUGGAGAAACAUAGGUAUAACAAAUCACUAUUUUUUUAAGUAUGAUUUUGCAAACGGGAUUCUUUUCGAUGGAGCUCUUCAUUGGGUAACAUACUUCGGCUCAGAGAUCGUAGCUUUUCAUUUAGCAGAUGAGAAGUUCCGUUCUGUGAGAAUACCACCUCGUGUGGGGAAAGGUGGUUACCAAUCCGCCAGGUUACUGCUGUUAGGAGGGAAUUUAUCGAUUGCUCUUAUGAAACAUCCACCUCGAAAUGCCACCAGUGUUGAUCGCACCAGUACUGACAUAUGGUCAUUCAAACCAAUGAAGGAUCAUAAACUUGAAGGUAGUUACGAAUUUACUAUACAUGCGAAAGAAUGCCACCCAUCAAUAUGUUAUCCAUUUGCCCUUAAAGAAGUAAAUACUAAUAAAGUUCUAUUGUGGCAUAUGGGAAGGGGACCAACCCUUGGUCAUUAUGACACUGAAACUGGAUCUUUAGAUGAAUUUGCGGAUGAGAGACUCAGUAUUUCGAGUGAUUCCGUACAUGAGGAGCGAUGUUUCAUUAAGAGCACUGGGGCCUGA